UGCUCAUAACUUUAAUAAAACAGUUAUAACAACAUUUUAAAUUUAUACAUAUACAAAACCUUUUGGAUCACGGGAGCAUCUUUACACGGAUUAGAAUACUUUCGCUUGCUUUCGGUUGAGUUGUGCCAUCAUGCUCUCAAGGAACGGGAGGUGAGGGAAAAGGCAAACGCACGACCACCGCACCAGCAACACAGCUAACGUUUCGCAGAGCCAGGAAAGCAAUGGCCACGCCACUAUGGCGCGUAGUGCUAGCUCGAGCUCCAGCUGCGAAGUGAGAAAUGUGUGUCGUGGAGGUGUUUCGGUAGCAGAUCAUCGCUGCGAGUGAAUCAUGACUGCCAGCAGCAUGCAAUUGAACCGGGAAACUCUGCCCCUUGAAGAGGAUGAACUCGCAAGAUUGUCCCGGAAGACUCCGACGGAGAUAAUUCACAGCGGACACUUUAUGGUAUCCGACAUCGACGAUACAGACAACACGGACGAGGUGGCUCGCGCUAGUGAGUCGGACUGCGCAACCGAAGUACCCAACUCGCUGGCUACCCCUCUAAAUGAAGUCGACGAAGAGAUUACUUUCGACGCUGACGAGGUAAUGGAAGUGGACAAACAUUUCAGGCCCCCAUGCCAUAUAGCCAUCGACGGUUCGCUAACCAAGCUCUUCGAGUGCAUGACUCUGGCAUACAGUGGCAAGCUGACAUCGCCCAAAUGGAAAACAUUCAAGGGACUGAAGUUGCGUCUGAAGGACAAGAUUCGCCUGAACAACAUCAUCUGGCGAGCUUGGCACAUGCAGUUUGUGGCCAGAAGAAGUCCUUAUGUGUGCCAGUUUGCAUCACCACUUGAAGGAGACACUCACAACAAACCUGAGGCCAUUGUCAUGGAGGGCAAGUACUGGAAGCGCAACUUCAGCAACAUCACCGCGGAGUACAAGAAGUGGAGAAUGUUCUUCUGCAAAAAGAACUCGCGGUUUAGGACUGCAGAUGACUCCAGCACUAAUCCUGUAGACUUGGACCUUCGUUGGCUGUCUCAUGGCGGUUCAAUAGACGAAGACUUCUUUAUGGACCUCUCGGAGAGUCUCUUCAGCAGCCUAAAUCAGCCAUUUGACUUCCCAAACCCUAGGGAGAUAGCUACAAGGGCUGGCAUAGCUGAUUUCAUCCAGCCAGGCCUCAUCCAGCUGCAGCCAGCAUUUGAUGACUUUAUGGACACGCUGGAACCUCUGUCAGAUUACUUCAACUCAAAGCUUCCAACACUGCCGGAAGAAAGCUCUCUCAGCACUGAAGGUGCUCCUGUUCAGCCAUUUGGAAUGCAGCAGCAGCAGCGGCCUACCUCUGUGUAUGGUGCGACCUCCCGACAGCAGCCCGUUGUAUCUAAUCAUGAGCUGCAACAACCGCCCCCACCCACAAGUGUACAGCCACAGGCACCACAGCGGUCGCAGCAGAUGCAGCCACUGCAGGGCCAGGCUGCUCCCUUUGCCCCUGCACUGUCACCUCAGCAGCCAACAACAGCAGUGAGCAGCAUCGAAGGACUCAUGGCAUCAGCUGCACAACAGCAGCAGCAGCAACAACAGCAACAGAAGCAGCAGCCGCAGCAGCAACAGCAGCAACCUUCGCCGCCAGCUGCUGCGCUGGGCGAAUAUGAAUUCCUGAGGCAAGCACCGGCAGAACCUAUGAUUCUAACUGUGGAACAGGCAGCAGCAGCGCCACCGCAGCAGGCACAAGCAAUCCUACCAGGAUUUGCAGCCCAACAGACUGCACAGCUUCCCCUGGCGAUUGCUCCUAGGCCACCAUUAGCCACCAUGGCUUUUGGAGCAGAAGUACCACAGUACGUGCCCAAACAGCCAUUGCGGCCUCCCCCGAAGCUGAUGCCGCGUCCCUCCAACAGUCCAUUUCAACCAACACCUACCGAACUGCAAAUGUUUCCACGAGCACCUGCAUCCACUGUGCCACCUGCUACCGUGAAUGGCCUGCGGCAAGGUGCCAGACUGGUUGUUGAGCACCAUGCAGGCGACAAGGUUGUGCAGGGGGGUGCCACAGCCAAGCGGCUGUUGUACCCUGCAUCACAAGAAACGAUGGAGAGCAUGGAAAGCCAGUACAGUAGCAGGAGCAGCAGCAGCCUCAUGGGCCAAGUAACUGGUGGUUUCAUGCCUGCUGAGAACACGGCCCCUGCUGCUGGCAAGAACAUUGGCUUCGCCAUGCCAAAGGUUGCUACGCAUCCAAAGAACCGGACCAGGUCUCGCAGCAUGUCCACACCACAGAGCAACACCAAAAUAUCUGCUGUAGCAGCUGCCACCCCAGUUGCCAAGCAGGCUUCGUCCUUAAAUCAGCUGCCUCAGGUCAACUCACCACCACAGAUGCUGACACCCAAGCUUUCAGUGUCGGUAUCUUCCUUGCCUGGAUCCAUGCCAUCCAACUCAAUAUCUCCACCUUUGCAGCAGAGUGCUGUCCUGACUCAGCUGUUAACAUCAGGCAAUGGCUUUUCAUGGGAAGCUCAAGCAGCUGGUGGGAGCCCUACUGCAAACAGCACAGGGGGAUCCCCCAAUCCUUCCACAGUCACCAUCAUUAACUCUGUGGCACCAUCGCUACCUGCAACAGUUGCACAGCCACAGACCUUUGUCAUCUCUCCAGUCACACUCUCCCAGAUCUCAAGUACAAACAACCUGCAACGCAACCUGAUUGUUGGCUCAGCAUCCAUUAUGCCAUCAUCCAUGCCCAUAAUUCCCCCGAAACAGCUCAAUCCAACUGUUUCAGCAGCAGUUGUGUCACAAGCCAAGACUGCAGAUGUCCCUGCAGCCUCAGUUUCUGCAAGUCCAGUGAAGCCAUUUAGGCCCAAGUCAGAUGAGGAGCGCUUUCAGUACAAAGAGCACCGGAGGGUGUGCCACAUCAAUGCAGAGCAAAAACGGCGGUUCAACAUCAAGAAUGGAUUUGAAUCCCUGCGUCAUCUGCUGCCAUCUCUGAGCCAGAACCCGGACUCAAAGGUCAGCAAAGCACAGAUGCUGCAACAAGCUGGGGAGUACAUCCGAACACUAAAAAAUGAGCGUCAGCAGCAGCAGGAAGAAGCAGACAGGUUAAAGAAGCAGAUAGAAUCCUACAACCAGGCAAUCAGCUUGUACCAGAACCAGCUUCCUGCAACGGGUGUUCCAUUGCCAUGUCAAAGGACGAAUCAUCUCAAGGAGAGCUUUGAAGAAUAUGUGCGGACCAGAACGCUUCAGAAUUGGAAGUUUUGGAUCUUCAGCCUUCUUCUGGAGCCCCUGUUGGAGUCCUACAACCAGACCGUCUCCAAGGCUGGGUUCGAUGAAAUGUGCAAGACAGUGCUUGUUUGGGUUGAACAAAACUGUUCGCUCAGGGCCCUCAGGCCAGGUGUCCUGGAUUCAUUGAGGUACCUCAGCAAAUCUACAAACAUCCUUUCUGACCCAAGUCGGUUACCAGAGGAAGCCACACAGGCAGUCACCAAGAAGGAGUCAGCGCCACAGUUCAAGUUCUCAACACAGCGUCAAAAAGAAAGGUAGCAGUUGCUGUGAACUCGCCGAUUGGCAGUGCAAGUAACAGUCUACAGUGAACUCACCCACUCGUCUAUGAUUGGGGUCCUUGCUGUGGGUGUUGAAGCAGUGACCUCCUCCUUCAGCUGAGAUGUGCUACCCUGUCUGCAGUGGCAAAGAUAAGUCACUUCAGCUACCUUCAGCCACUUGGGCCACUGUGUGGUCACAUUGUAUUGUGUGAAUGCCAAGAGUGCCCAUUCUUUUUGGAGGCAGCUUGCAAUGUAAGAUUAUGUGACAGUGAGAGAGUAUCUCUCAACAUCCGUGCCUGUUGUCUGUUGCCUUCUGUUCUACUUUGUUGAAUUACCUCCUUCCUUUUGUUUGCCCACACGUGUGACACCUUUUUUCUUUUUUUCCCCCCUUUUGUACACAGUGUCAUCCGAAUCAUCUGAAUGUGUGGCUUUGUUAGAUACCUUCUUUGCAUGAGUGAUGUAUGUCUUGUUCUUUCUUUAUUUUCACCUUAUUUCUCAACUUUGCUGUCAACAAAACUUUCAAAUUUCUUUUUUUUUAUUUUUUAUUUCACACCUCCUACCUGUGUCUCAUUUCAAAGCAAGUGCCCACAUCAUAUAAGCUGUGCAAGAAAAGUAGUAGAACCUGUCAUUAUUUUACUCUGCACUAUGAAACUUGCUCUCUGAUUUAGCUGUGAGCCAUAAAAUUUAGUUUUACAUGUUCAGUCUAAACUGUGCCGCCAGGCACAUCUAGCGACUGCACAAGUGCAUUACUUGGCAUGUGACACCAUGUCCUGUGUUAGUACAGAUGCUGGACAAGCGUGAUUAUAAUCCAAGAGAGUUGAGUCCUUUACUGGUAGUGUUUUGCUAGCAAGGGCUGCUUAUACUGUUUAAAAACUAUUUUUGUACUGUGCUGGCACCAGUUGCAGGAGUGCCCAUUUAUUUAUCAGAUUUGUUUAGCAGAGUUGCUAGAAGAGUGUGGUGUGUGUAACAUUAAAUUUCAGUGAUUCAUUGUCUGCUUGGCACAAAAAUUGAAGCGAGUAAGGUGUUACAUGCAGCAUGUAUAUUUGUGAGGCAAAUUGUACAUACCUUUUUACUUAUGCCUAUGAAUAUGCCAUGUUUGAUUUUCUGUAGCUUUGUGCUGCGAUUAUGUUUCUGCAUUAGAAUGGAGCUGCAGAUGCUACUGUAGAUAUUACGUUGGCAUAAUACCUGUAAGAGGUAGCUGACCGAUGCUUCUUUGUACAUUAGACUACCAUUAAUUUGACCACUACGAGAUAUACCGUAUUUACAUGCAUAAUGAAUGCACUCAUGUAAUGAGUGCGCUUCCCACUUUUUAAAUAAAAGAGUGAGUUUUUUUUUUCCCUCGCAUAAUGAUCGCACCCCGAAUUUGCUGCCGUGAAGGUCAUCUCCUCCGCCUGCUGAACACCGAGCGGCACGUAAACUGUGCUGCACAGAGCAUGGCCUUCAAGAUUUUACCUGCUGACAAUCUCAGAGGCCACUUUCGAAUGUUUAUUAGUGCUACCUAGCACCACCUGUGGAAAGCCAGUGUUCCUCCAUGCAUAUGUUUCCUUUCUCAAUGACUCCAUGUUUUCUUUGUCAGUUCGAUCGGCCCGUUCGUGAUAUUCACACGUGUGUAAAGUAAUGGGCUGCCUGCGUUUAUCACGUGCCUCAAGGGGGCUAUGCAAGCAAUACUGUCUGCUUCAAGCUCGAAGCCGUUGAAUAUGCUUUGAAGAAUGACAAACACACAUCAAGAAGGCACUUCGGCAUCGAUGAAGUAUGCGUCCGCAUCUGGAGACAGCAACAUGAAAAGCUUUUUUCACAGAAUACAAUCUGGCAUCCAGUCCAACAUGCGGCAUACGACCACUCAGGGCACAUGGGAUAUGUAUCCAAACGAGUGAGCAUUGCGUAACACCACUGUCACAUGGCCACUUUCAACUGCGAUUUGCUUCCUCUUGCAGUUUGUACAGAGGAGCUGAUCAUGACCGAAAAAUUCAAUCUCAAAUCAAAGUGCACCAUAUGACAUCCGUAUUAGCUCCCCCCAAAUUCAGCAUCCCAGCUUGUACGCUCUGCAGGCUUUAUAUCCUCACCAAGAAGUAUAAAACAAAAUACUUUGUGUAAUGCUGCUCCACUUUGCAUGAACAUUGUCAAUGAAAUCAUGCCUGUCCGAGCGACAAACACUUCACAACGGCACGUCAUCCACUGAUGGCUCCGCUGACAGCUACCGGUAGGGCCAGUAGGCCUAGUUUGGUGGACACCGUGGUCACUGGUGCUUGCAAUUCAGCCAAUCCAGCCCAAGCUCUUCGAAGAAUGCUUUCUUCCAAUGUCGUGCGUAAUUAAAUACAAUUGGUUUACUAAAUGCCGUUAAUGCAAAGAACAAACAUGCAAGCCAAGCGAGUGGCCUCGCUCAGACAGUCGGUGUGUUGUACACUUGCGAAAUGCCAUCGCAUAGUGGCUGCCAAUCUCGUAAGUGGCUGAGCAGUAGGUGCUAAUUUGCAGAACAGGUACACUUUUGAGAUAAUGUUAUUCAAUUAGUAAUUAUGUUUCGUGUCGGAAACAAAUUGCAGCCAAUUUUUGUAACCCCGUGAGCAACAAUACAGGCGAAUGUCUCGACCGCAGGGAUUGGAACAACGCGAAACAGCCCCGCCAGCGUCACCUCUUUAAAGGGAACAUCAGAGAAUGUCACAAGCUAGCUGUGCUGCCAUUGGCUACAACCAAACAACGGUGAAUGCUGGGCGUUCCAUUCAGCACUACGGCAUGGCAAAAAACCUCAGAUCUGCUGCUGUUCCAAUGCAUCGAAAGCCAAAUCAUAACUGUGUGUCUCCUACUUUAGAGGUGGCCACAGAAAGAAAAUCAUUCAAAAUUUCACUCCGCGUAAUAAAAGCACUCCCUACCUUGCGUAAAUUUUUCAAGAAAAAAAGUAUGUUCAAUAUGAGAGUAAAUACGGUACAUGAAAUUGGUUUGCUUUUUCCUUAAUUAAAAAAAGGAAGCAUUUGAUGUGCAUGGGUGGCUUCUGAACACAAUUAAGAGACUGGUCAAAUUAGCCUAUAUCAAAUUAUUGGGAGUCAGCUGUAUACCAUUUCAAAACAGACCUCUCAUGCACUUUGUCUUGUCCUACCUGUUCACAGGCCAUUGGAUCUUUCAUGCUUUUGUGGCUCCUGGUCUUAUUGAUGUAAUUGUCCUUGCUCCCUUCACAUACUUUCACACCGGGGAACUUAAAACCCACUUUAUCUCUCUUCAUUCUUCAUUGCUGUAAUCCCACAUUGCUCAAAUUACUACAUCAUCGUGCAUUUUAAACCAGUCCCAUGAAGCAGCUUAACAGCUUGUCCAAAGCUUAAGUUAGGAGCAGCAUCCAGUACUUGGGGCUAACCUGUCAGUAACAUUUAUCGCAUUCUCAUCUUCUUCCUUGUCUGGCUCAAAAAUAGUGCAGUAGGCAGUUGACCUCCUUAUUUCGUCCAGUCUUUGUGUAAAAAAAGAAAAAAUAGAAAGAAAGAUGCAGACAUUUUCUUUCAGCCCAUUUUUGUUUGGUAGUGUGUUUUAACCUCAAGCUCUCUUGUUCUUCAGAAACAUUUGUCACAGCAUCUGCACAGCAAUGGAAGCACCUUCUGAAUAUCCUCUUUGAUAAUAAUGUUGAUACCGUCAGUCUCAUCACUACUCCAGACUGUCUUUUGUAAAUUCCUUCUUGUUUCAUUUGUCCAGCCAGAGGCAAGAAUUCGAGCCACCAUCUUCAAGAAAAGCUUCUUGCUUCACUGCAAACAGCAGUUGAAGAGCUGUGAAAUUGGCUUAAUGUGUACGUUCCUUCGUCUGUUCUCAACAGUCACUGUCUGUGCCACCUUGCCAAGGCUCAUGACAUUAGAGGCACACUGCUUAGAGUCAUGCCAUUCCUUUUGCUGCACAGAACAACGUAGAGCAGCCGAAGGAAGAAAAGGACUCUGGCAGGUCGGGUGUGAGAUACUGAGGAACAGCCACGCACCGUAUGCAGGUUCCUCAAAAAUGCCAGGCAGAAGAUGAUGCCACUGCAGAAGCUCAAGAAGGAGUGAUAGUAGUGAGCGGCAAGUUAAGAGCUAGUUUCAGCAUGUCCAUCUGGGGCACUAAUUUCAAUAUUGCAGGAGUUUCUUGUAGCUCGCAGGGCUGCAGCAUUUUCAAGCAUGAAUGGGCAACUCUGCUAUUAGAGUCAGCUUCCAUUAAUUCAACCUUGAUAUAUCCAAUGGGUUAACUUGAUCGAAUUAUUGAGUGUGUUGAAUUGAAAGAAAGACAAAAAAUAUGUCCAAACGUACUUUUGCUUUAUUUAUCCAGUUCUAACACACCUCCGACUAUAAUGCAUAGCUUCCUGGCAUUUAUGGAUUAAAAGUUGAAAACAAUGUGCACCGAAAACCAACAUGCACCCGAUUUUGUAACAAGAUAAAAAGUAGCAUGCCACUGAUCCUGGCACUCGGGAAAAAGAUGGAACCUGCAGAGUUUGCGUUCACAGAAUGACAAUUUAUUUACCUUGCAUGUCCAUCAUCGUCACUCUCAGGCAGCUCUUUAUCACUAUGGGCUACGUCUCAACCUCCGUGCAGUCCACUGCAUUUGAUAUUCUACAGUUUCUUGAACAACUGUGUAACCAUUGCAAACAGGAUGGUGUUCCAUGCCUAGGCUAAAAACUUUGCCAGUUCACCCUGUGACAUACACAAGACACUGACAUGCCAAAAACAUAUGGCGGUGAUCUAUUGCCACUAGUUUAGCACGUAAAAUAGCUUCUCUUUUGAAUUAGCUUUGAUAAUGAAAGCAGCGCAUUGCUGCCACCUACCUACGUGGAAACUCGUUUUGUUGUCAGCUUGUGAUUACUAUGAUGAUACACCUGAUACCAACGGAAAGCUGUAGUCAACCCUACAAAAGGAGGCAAUUUUCGGAUGCAUUAACUUUAAACAAGGUCGCAUGUUGAAAUUAGUAAAUUCAUUGUGGUAAAUCAUUAAUUGGGGUAAAUGGGGUAAAUCAUGCGUUGUGAGCUGGUGUUUUUGCUUGUAAUUCUGUGGAAGGCAGGCCAGAAAUUGGCACUUUCGGUGGGAGAUUGGCAGGAGAUAGCAUGUCUUCAAUGCAUUCAGUGUCCCUUAAUGCUGCUAAGGCGUGGUCACAAUUUGUGUUGCCAUUGGUGUCAGGCAUGUGCAUGCUGACCAGUGAAGCUCGAAUUAUUCAGAGAAGGCCAAUUUAAGGAAUGAAAAAUAGUGGCCUAUAGAAAUGUGUAGCCGCCAACCGUGGCCUUCAAUUUGGAUUGAAUUAAGCAAAAGACCGAAUUAACCGGAGUCAAAUUGAUGGAAGUCUACUGUAUCAUCUGCAUACUUGCUCCGAGUUUAAGACUGUUGCUUCUCUGCAACUGGGAUAAGGGAAUAAAAAUAUCAGUGGAUACCUUUUUUUUUUUUUUUAAGUAUUGUUAUCGUACAAGGGGUCACGUAUAUGAAGUUCACUUCCCUGCAUUAACACUGAAUCAGGCCUAUGGUUCUGUUGGCUUCAAGAAACUGUCCUGAAUGCAUCUUUUUAAGAUAUCUUUUUAUGAGACAGUAAAGUUCUAAACUUGUUCACUGUUAUGAACAAGCAUGUCAUUGCUGUACUUCUAUUUCAUUCUCCUUUCUGGCUUUCCUAAUGGACAUUUUAUUUGGUGCUUGUUAAAGAUCAGUGAGCAAAGUGGUACCUACCAGAAUGUCUGGGUGUGCUGGGAUGCCAUUUGGGUGCACUGAGUUUUGCUUGGCUAUGUUUAAAAUAAUGAACCACCUUGUUUUUGUGGAAUAUAAUCUUAAGAGAUGUUUGCUGUCUUACCACUGAUCGCGCUCAAUAGUAGCACAAGUUCCAUGGUUGACACACAUGUUACCUAUCUAGUGGGCUCAUUUUCUGUAAAUACAGUUUGUUAAAAAUUUCAAACCGCGGUAUUAGCACUCCAUCUAAAGCUUCUCUUUAGCAACAUUUCUGCUUUUGUAUUCUAAAUAGCUUCAGUUUUAAUUACGGAAGCAGCUUUUAGACUCCUGUUUUACAAGCCAGUGAAAACAUUUCAAGUCUGCACUUGACUAUUCACAAAUUAAGAUGCAAUGUGAUUUCCUUUGUAACAGAAAAUACUUGUUUUGUGGUUAAUUGAAGUCGUGCCAAGCAGUAUUGGGAGCAGCUAUAACUCUUUCAAAGAUGAAAACUGUGUGUGUGAGAGUGUGUGUACAUGCUCAUGCUCUGUUCUUUAUUCUCUCUCUCUCUCUUUCUUUCUUCAAUAACCAUGACUUCAUGUGAUUUCAUCCUUUAGCAAAUAGCUGCAUUGUCAUUUGUUGGAUCUUCUGCAGUGUUUGCAAGAACUGUUUCUUCAAGGCCUUGAUGAGUUGUUUAUAAAUGGCUUGCGCUUAAAAUAAUUGUGACUGCCAAAAUAAUGUUCUGUGGGCACACUUAUAACUGACAUGCUGGGCUAAUCCAAACAUCUUAAACAUGGUACAGAUAUCUGCAAGCGCUGCUAGCUAUGACAUUGGUGGCUUCACAUCAGAGCUAACCACAAACUCUGCAACAUUGCAAAGUAAAUAUUUAGCCAAGUAACCUGGUUACCAGCUACUUUGGUACAUUUAAUGAAAUCUUCAGUUCAUCACUUGGAGUCACAACUAGGCAUAAGCACUCGCACUGUCAAUGCGUUUUGCUUUCUUUUCUUUCAGAGACAGUUCGCUGAAUUUCAAGGUAAAUGUCUGUUAAGUCUAGUCACUAAAUUGUGCCUGACAUAGUGUAUUUCUUUAUAUAUGUAUCCUUAGUAGAGCCGUAGAUGACAUGCAGCAGCAUGAAUAAUGUCAGACAUGCAAUUCUACAUGAUAAUAGAAACGUGCGUGUGUGCCAAACUUAAUUUUGUGUCUUGAGGAAAGCAAAAUCUGCCUUGUUUUGCAAAAAAGCACAACUGUUGCCCUUAGGUAUAUAAUUAAAUGCCUGCUUCUGAACACAGUGAUGUGUUCGGUGAUCUGUAUAUGUCCUGCCCUGUGUUGUCUCUGCAAAUAAAGUGCAGACCCAGUUUUUACCUUGUAUUCUCAUUACAUACAUGUUCACACCACUAGACUGCACAUAUCACUGUUCGACUGAGGCAUGGGCUUUUUCUCGCAUAACAGGCUGACAUUGUAUGGAGCUUGACAUAAGUUAGAGAAAGUAGUGUCUUUUUGCUACUCUAAGCACAGUGAAUAAUGAUACAUUCGAACCUAUAUAUAAAAAAUAGAUUUAUAAUGGAAGUAAAUUGAAAAGUUCCUCGCAGAGGUGUGUACAGACUCCUAGUGGCCCGAAAGACCAUACCUGACUCGGCCCCUGGGCUAGGCUUAUGCCACUGUAUUUUAUUGUCGGGCAGGCUGGGCCAUGUACUGAGCCCGACUGAAGUGAUAACUUAUGAUAUGGCUGUAUGUAUUUUCCAAAUAUAGUAAGCACUGUAUGUUUAAUUAGUUUUACAUGGUAAAUAAAGUGUUAUUUAAUCUAGAAAAAUUAUUUUGUCACCACAGCGGAGCCCUCAUAGUAUUGGGCUGGGCAUGGGCCUCUAGUUUUUUAUGUCGAGCUGGACUAGGCGGGCUUUUUUUUCUUUAGCAUAGGACAUGGCUGGUCUUUUGAUGCAAACAGGCCUGUUCCAGGCCCGGGCUCAAAUAUGCAGUGAAUGCACAGCUAUGGUUCCUUAUCAAUGUCAGUGUAUAGCAAAUAUAUGCUUAUAACAUAACCGCCAACUCCCCAAAUUUUUCGUAAAAAUUACAAAUUCAGGCUUGAUUUGUGGUUUUCCAAAAAUUGCUUCUAAAUUUAUGAAAAAUUAAGUUCGCGAAAAUUUUUGCUCGUCCAUCUGUGAAAAUAUUCUCGAAAAUCUUCUGCCAAUCAAAGGACACCAGAAAAAUGCUCGCUCUGCGCAGGUUUAUUGAGAAAAGUUUCUAUACAAGGAAAAAUUGGCAACAUAAAGGUAGCUGCAAAAGACACCAUUAUCUGAAAAGCAAUGUGCUGCUUGUCACUUUAAUGCUGCUCCAAAGUUUGUUGCGGCUCGUGUGCUGCAUUUAAAGGUAAAUGAUUGUAAUAAAUUGCGCAUGUAUCCUACAAAAGAUGCAUGCCCAGAGCAAAACAAAAUAAAUAAAUAAAUAAAAUUCUGGGAUUUUGUUUGCAGGAUUUUUACAAAUUUUAAUGUUCACAGGUUGGCAGGUAUGUUAUAACAAACAUUGGAUGUACUAUAAGAAUGAGUCGCAAUAGUGAAACAGUACUAAAAAGAUUCAUUGGCUCAGGAAAAAGAAACGUGGAGUAUUUCAAUAAAGUCAAUUUGUUUUAAUUGUC